AUGUCAACAAUUCAUCCCAUUGUUGGGACAGCAAUCAAAUUUGAUAAAACAACACGUAAAGGGACAAUUUCACAAUUUUUCUCAACAUCAUCUUGCGUGACUUGCGAGAAUCCAUGUCAAGAGAAUUUAUGCUCAAAGUGUAAGAGCGAUUCACAGAAAACUGUUCUGGCAAUCACCAUGAAAUCAUUAAACAUGGAAAGAAAGCUUUCUACAAUAAAAAGUAUUUGUUGCAGUUGUAGUUUGACACUGAUUGCAUUUCGUUAG